AUGCUGCCUAAGUUCGACCUGAAUGAGAUCAAAAUUGCGUACCUGAGGGGCACCAGUGGGGAGGUCGGUGCCACGUCUGCCCUGGCCCCCAAGAUCGGCCCCCUGGGUCUGUUUCCAUCGCCAAGGCAACUGAUUGAGGUGGCACCUUCUGCUUUUGCCCUGAUCAUCAAAGCCCUCAAGGAACCACCAAAGGACAGAAGGAAGCAGAAAAACAUUAAGCACAGUGGAAACAUCACUUUUGAUGAGAUCAUCAAUAUUGCCCGGCAGAUGUGGCAUCGGUCUCUAGCUAGAGAACUUUCUGGAACCAUUAAAGCGAUCCUGGGGACAGCCCAGUCUGUGGGCUGCGAUGUUGAUGGCGGCCACCCUUAUGACAUCAUAGAUGAUAUUAACAGUGGUGUGGUGGAGUGCCCAGCUAGUUAA